AUGGUGCCGACACGUUCGGCAGGUCGCUUGACAAAGGUUGCAUCAGUGUCAAAGAAGAAGAAAUCCUCAACGCGCUCAAGAUCCAGGAACCAGUCGAGAGGCAAGAUGAAGCUACGCAGUCAUAGAAAGAUCAAGAACGCAGGGCCCAAUCUGGAGACAACCGCUGCCAUGUAUUUACUGGGUCUGAACCUUGUGGAGACCACGCUGACGAGAGUAGUACCACCGCCAAUUCACUGA